AUCUCUGCAUGCUCCUCAUUAUCAUCCCCUGCUCAUGCUGACCUCAGCUAUCUCCUGAUGCCAGGCAGCACUGCACCCACACACGUGUGCCACCCCUCCCUCGCAUGUCCCCAUGCUGGCAUUACACACUGCCCCGCCACUAGAUUGUAGCGACCUCCUCGGAUGUGCAGUCUCCUGAGACAACUUUCUUCUUCUGCUCCUUGGCCACCUUUGCUGAGAAGAGGCUGAUGCUGUGGGACUUGCUGGACUGAGUGAGGGGAUUACUGGGAGCUCGCCGUGACCUGACUGCCACCAGGACCUGACCCCCAGUCCGGACUGGAAAAUGCACUUGCUGGAAGUAGCACUACUUUUUCUAUACACAGUAUUGAUUCAGGGGGACAUAGCUUAUGAGUCUGGACAAGGGUAUUACGACGAUCCGGAAUUUGGUGACCUCAAGGAUCACCCAGGCAAGGAGCUGGAAGAGCAACUACGAGCUGUAUCCAGUGUGGAUGAACUAAUGACAUUGCUCUACCCUGAAUCCUGGAAAAUGUUCAAGUGUCAAUUAAGACAAGGAGGACCCUCCAGCUUUGAUACCAGAAGAGAUGACAGCCUUAAAUUUGCAGCUGCACAUUCCAAUUACAAUGCGGAUAUCUGGAAAAGUAUUGAAACUGAAUGGAGAAAGACUCAGUGCACGCCACGAGAAGUAUGUGUAGAUGUAGGAAAAGAAUUUGGAGCGUCAACAAACACCUUCUUUAAACCUCCCUGUGUAUCCUUAUACCGAUGCGGAGGCUGCUGCAACAGUGAGGGGUUGCAGUGCAUGAACACCAGCUCUACGUUCGUCAGCAAGACACUCUUUGAAAUCACAGUCCCGCUGUCUCAAGGGCCAAUAAAACCAGUAACCAUUAGCUUUGCCAACCAUACAUCCUGUCGGUGCAUGUCGAAAUUGGAUGUUUACAGGCAAGUCCAUUCAAUAAUAAGAAGAUCAUUGCCAGCAACUCAAGUGCAAUGUCAAGUGGCAAAUAAGACCUGCCCCAGAAGCCAUAUUUGGAACAACUAUUUGUGCAAAUGUAUACAGCAUCAUGACUUUUCAUCACAUCAUGAAGAAUCAGACUCCUCUGAGGCGUACCAUGACAUUUGUGGGCCAAACAAGGAAUUAGAUGAAGAAACCUGUCAGUGUGUCUGCAAAGGUGGUUUGUUGCCUUCAAGUUGUAGUCCUCAUAAAGAGCUGGAUCGAACUUCUUGUCAAUGUGUCUGCAAACAUAAACUUCUUUCAACUUCCUGUGGAGCCAACAAAGAGUAUGAUGAAGAGAGAUGCCAGUGCGUGUGUAAAAAGACCUGCCCAAAACACCAGCCACUGAAUCCUAUUAAAUGUGCAUGUGAAUGCUUAGAAACCCCAAACAAAUGUUUCCUUAGAGGAAAGAGAUUCAAUCAUCAAACAUGCAGCUGUUACAGACCCCCUUGUACAACUCGACCGAAACGUUGUGACCCUGGUUUCUACUAUAGUGAAGAAGUUUGUCGCUGUGUACCUGCAUAUUGGAAAAGACCACACAUGAACUAAUUACCACAGAAAACAUGAUCCAUAUGCCUCUGAAAACAAGGAACACUUAAUUUUAUUCUAACUUUUGGAUCUACUAUUGCAUUGGAAACCACAUGUGGAGUGAGGAAAAAUGCACUGUGCAGUAUGUAAAAUGGGACCCGAGUUUGAAGAUCGACCAAGAGUUUUUGUUUUUUUUAAGGACUUGAUGGGUCAUGUGCAAUGACAAAGCAAGUCCAUGGUUUUCCUGUGAUUUUUUUUUUUUGUAUCAAGAUAAUGACUAUAUAAUUUAUUUCCACUAAAAAUAUUGUGCAGCAUUUCUGUUUAUAGCAAUAACAAUGUAAAAGCGCACUGUGAUUAAUAUUUUUAUAUCAUGUAAAAUAUGUUUAAAAUAAAAGAACCUAAAACUUGUACUAUAAACUACCAAUAUGUUCAGUCGGAUUCCGUAUCACACCUCAAGAGCAUCCACGUGUAAGACAUUUUAUUUUUUUAUUCUAAGUAUUUUUGGGGUUUUGCUAUUAAAAUUCUGUUUUAUAAUGAAAAGUUACCAUCAGUAUUGCACUGGCUUAUGUUUUUAGGUCAUAUGUUAAUUUGAAGGAAGCAACUGAAAAUGGAAGUCUACUAAGUACUGUACAUCUUUAUUGCAUAUCUAUAGCUAUAGACCUCUAAUGUUUUAGAAGAGUGGACAUAUCCUUAAUGUAAGCUAGGUACAUUUUAGUGAUGGUUGUUGGAAGCUGUAGCUUUAAGGUAAUAUGUGGCAAGCACAUUGCAUGCUCAGUGUUAGAUAUUAUUAAUACUGAAUGAUAUGACUAGCAUAACAAUAUCCUGUACUACAAAUUUUUCCUAUCUUUUCUUUGCUCUUGCCUAAACGUAUCCCAAGAUUAAAAAAAAAAACAUGAUUUUGUGAUAUAGUGCCACAAGAUGUCUAUCCUAUAUAAGUCUAUGUGUGGCCAUCCAGUGGUUGUGAUGCAAAUUGCAGUAUGUCAAUGAUAUUACUAGAAUGUUGCAGUAUUGUAUUGACGUUGUUUCAUGAGUAAUUGGAAUCAAAUUCAAGAAACGUUAACACAUUGGUGGUUAUGACAAAUGAUGUUGAUAAGCAAAAACUACAGCAGAGCUUCAUCUACGACCUUGCCUCCAGAAAUGGCAAAAGGAAAAACAUAUUUUUUCACAUGUCAAUCAGCCAAGCCAAAAGAUGUCAUAUGAUGUAAAGAAUUGAGGAGGCUAUUUUCCUUGGGCCCCUUAAUUGGCGCUUUUGUUAAUUGUUACAGUAUAUAUGUGUGUUUAUGAGCUCAUCUUCUAUAGAGAGAUAAAAAUGCAUUCUGUGCUGUCUUAAAGACCUAUAAUGUCCCCCAUAUGCCCAGGCCCCUCACACAGAUUGUACUUACCUCGCACCAUGGCACCUGUAAACCUAGGUAUGCUCGUUCCCAUCACGGCCUGCGAUUGGCAAUACACCACACCCCCACCCCAUCCGGGAGAUUCUGAGGCGGCUGCAGCCGUGCUGGCAUCAGAAACGACACGGGUGCUGGGGAGUGAGGUAAGUACAACCUCUGUGAGGGGCCUAGGCAUAUGGGAACGCAUUAUAGGUCUUGGAUAACCCCUUUAUCUCAAAAUGCUAGCUCUAAUUGUCUUGAGACCUAGUCAUACCAUCAGGGUUUGACUGGCUGACCAGGGUACUAGAGAAUCUUCCGGUGGGCCUAAGCUCUGACAGUAAUGGACCCCAAAUAAAACAGGGCCUUUAAAGUCCUACAUACACAAUGGGUGGGCCCUCAGAAUCAUUUUCUCUGGUGGGCCCAAGGGACUUUAGUCUGAUGCUGCAUACCAUUGAAAUGUGACCACCAUAUUGUGUUAUGUGCUCUUUUGCUUCUAUUUUAAAAUUUGUAAGCAUAAAACACGGUAGCACCAGCCAUUCUAGAAAGUGCAGAUUUGUUUUUGAUGUCAUAUAUCCAUCUGAGGGAACAUGAUGACAAAGUUGGGUUUGUUGGUGCAUAGUUAGAACAUUUAGAGAUGAGUUAGAGAUGAGCGAAGUUCUUCAAAAUUCUAUUUGGCUGCUUUGCCGAAUUUUGCAAAAAAAAGUGCUUUGUGACAAAUUACAUUGUCACGAAGUGCAUUUCUUUGUAAGAAG